AUGGUGGAGACUGCACGAAAAUCCAUUCCAAAAUGCAAACAGAUGUAUCAUCCCCUCUGGUACUAUAUUAUCGACCAUACUGGCCAACAUACUCCUACAAAUUCUCUUCUAAAGGACUAUCUCCAGGACAUGCAAUCAGAAAUAAGGACUAAGAUUGUAAUGGAAACCCAGGAAUUAGAUGAGGAUGAAGCAAGAUUUCUUUGCCGCAUUAUAGAGUCUGAUAAUUAUGAUACUGUUUGUCCAACUGAUAAUAAAGAGCGAAUAAUCAAGGAGUGCUUCAUAUCUAUUCUUAAAUAUAUAAGGCGUAAUGCAAGUCGGGGUAUGUCAGAGACAGAAUAUACAAGCCGUACACUCAUGCCACUGCUUGAUGCCACAGUAGAAACUAACCCUGAUCUUGUCAUCUCCUAUGGUGAGUGGUGUUUGGCUUCAUCAGCUUAUCGAAGAAAUCAAACCAGAGAUCCUCAACUCCGUGCAAGAAUGGACUACAGAACAGAUAUACGUAUAAACUUCUCAGGUUUAUUUGGAGGGGCAGAAGUUGCUGUUGGUGAAGUUUCUGGAGGAGUCCCAAAGUGCUCUGCGGCCAAAGAAUGGCGAGACAAGAUGAAAGUUUCAUGGGAACUGCGAGAUAUAUGGUUCUACAUAAGUAGCAAGUUUCAAGGUGUUGAUACUUCUGCUGUGGUUUUCUGGGGUCUCCAGGACAUUGGGUUUGAACUAAAAUUCUAUGCUCUUGUCCCCUACAAGAGGUUAUUUCAUCUUGUUCUUAUUAACACUGUGAGGAAACCAUCAUCAAAAUAUGACCUACAUAAUCUACAAUCUGUGCUUAAUGCUCUUUUGACAUUCAAAAAGAAUGUUGAGGGAACCAUUGCACAUCUGGUCAAGCUUGAAAAGUCACAAAUAAGGCGUGAAUCAAACCACAUUGAAUGGCAAUGCAAGUAUCCUAUCAUUUACACCCCAACACAAGCAAAAACAAAGAGAGUGCACUAG